CGGCGGCCGCGCCGGGCAUGGAGCUGGCAAGCCCGCGCUGAGGCAGGACGCGCCUGCUGGCCGCGAGCGAGAGGCUCUCCGCGGUCCGGCGCGCGGGCUCCCGGCCGGGGCCGGGCAAACUUUUCUUUCUCUUUUGCCCUCGCCAGAGGCGCCUUCUGCGGCGGGCGGACCGACUCCUCGGCGCGGCGGGGCCGGGGCAAGCUGGACGCAGCAUGAUGCGCGCAGUGUGGGAGGCGCUGGCGGCGCUGGCGGCCGUGGCGUGCCUGGUGGGCGCGGUGCGCGGCGGGCCCGGGCUCAGCAUGUUCUCCGGCCAGGCGGCGCAGCCCGACCCCUGCUCGGACGAGAACGGCCACCCGCGCCGCUGCAUCCCGGACUUUGUCAACGCGGCCUUCGGCAAGGACGUGCGCGUGUCCAGCACCUGCGGCCGGCCCCCGGCGCGCUACUGCGUGGUGAGCGAGCGCGGCGAGGAGCGGCUGCGCUCCUGCCACCUUUGCAACGCGUCGGACCCCAGGAAGGCGCACCCGCCCGCCUUCCUCACCGAUCUCAACAACCCGCACAACCUGACGUGCUGGCAGUCCGAGAACUACCUGCAGUUCCCGCACAACGUGACGCUCACGCUGUCGCUCGGCAAGAAGUUCGAGGUGACGUACGUGAGCCUGCAGUUCUGCUCGCCGCGGCCCGAGUCCAUGGCCAUCUACAAGUCCAUGGACUACGGGCGCACGUGGGUGCCCUUCCAGUUCUACUCCACGCAGUGCCGCAAGAUGUACAACCGGCCGCACCGCGCGCCCAUCACCAAGCAGAACGAGCAGGAGGCCGUGUGCACCGACUCGCACACCGACAUGCGCCCGCUCUCCGGCGGCCUCAUCGCCUUCAGCACGCUGGACGGGCGGCCCUCGGCGCACGACUUCGACAACUCGCCCGUGCUGCAGGACUGGGUCACGGCCACUGACAUCCGCGUGGCCUUCAGCCGCCUGCACACGUUCGGUGACGAGAACGAGGACGACUCGGAGCUGGCGCGCGACUCGUACUUCUACGCCGUGUCCGACCUGCAGGUGGGCGGCCGCUGCAAGUGCAACGGCCACGCCGCCCGCUGCGUGCGCGACCGCGACGACAGCCUGGUGUGCGACUGCAGGCACAACACGGCCGGCCCGGAGUGCGACCGCUGCAAGCCUUUCCACUACGACCGGCCCUGGCAGCGCGCCACGGCCCGCGAGGCCAACGAGUGCGUGGCCUGUAACUGCAACCUGCAUGCCCGGCGCUGCCGCUUCAACAUGGAGCUGUACAAGCUGUCGGGGCGCAAGAGCGGGGGCGUCUGUCUCAACUGCCGCCACAACACGGCGGGCCGCCACUGCCAUUACUGCAAGGAGGGCUACUACCGCGACAUGGGCAAGCCCGUCACCCACCGCAAGGCCUGCAAAGCCUGUGAUUGCCACCCCGUGGGCGCGGCCGGCAAGACCUGCAAUCAGACCACCGGUCAGUGUCCCUGCAAGGACGGUGUGACGGGCAUCACCUGUAACCGCUGCGCCAAGGGCUACCAGCAGAGCCGCUCUCCCAUCGCCCCCUGCAUAAAGAUCCCUGUGGCACCACCGACCACGGCCGCCAGCAGCGUGGAGGAGCCGGAAGACUGCGAUUCCUACUGCAAGGCCUCCAAAGGGAAGCUGAAGAUUAACAUGAAAAAGUACUGCAGGAAGGACUAUGCGGUCCAGAUCCACAUCCUGAAGGCGGACAAGGCAGGGGACUGGUGGAAGUUCACGGUGAACAUCAUCUCUGUGUACAAGCAGGGCGCGAGCCGCAUCCGCCGCGGUGACCAGAGCCUGUGGAUCCGCUCGCGGGACAUCGCCUGCAAGUGUCCCAAAAUCAAGCCCCUCAAGAAGUACCUGCUGCUGGGCAACGCGGAGGACUCGCCCGACCAGAGCGGCAUCGUGGCGGACAAGAGCAGCCUGGUGAUCCAGUGGCGGGACACGUGGGCGCGGCGGCUGCGCAAGUUCCAGCAGCGCGAGAAGAAGGGCAAGUGCAAGAAGGCCUAGCGCGGAGGCAGCGGUGCGCCGGGCGGGGCGGGGCGCGGGGCCGAGCGGGCUUUCCCGGGCGGUCGUGGGGGGGUGGGGUGGGGGGGCGGGCGGGCGGGAAAUGGUACAGGCAGAGGGCGGGGCCGCGGGGCGGGGCUUCGGGCUGCGGCCCCGCCCCCCGCCCCCCACUGUCGCGCGCCCGGGGCGGGAGAGAUGAGGACGAGACUUAAGCUACCUCACGGGCUCCUUCCAGAGCGGCGGCGCGCUCCCCGGGCGGGGAGGGCCUGACUCGGGGGUGGGGGGCCGAGGGGCCGCCCCCGCGGCGCCGACCGGUUCUGGAGAGGGGGACGUGAGAACUGUGAACCCGGGGCGGGGGCCUGAACCCUCCUUUGUCUGGGGAUCCCCACGCGGGACCCCUGGCCGCGACAACUUGGGCCCCGUCCGCACUUGGGGGCGGCCGCAGCGGUCUGUUCCCCCGCCCCCCCCCCCCCCGGCAGUCCCCAGGCGGCCCGUGGCCUCCGCUGCCACCUGCUGAGUUGGUCCUGGGAGGGGGGGCGGGUCUUGGGGCAGCGGCGGGGGGAGGGGGGCGGUUCCCGUCGGUGGAGCCAGAGGAGCGCGAUCCGGCGUCGGCGCCUGUCCCCGCCCGGCUGCGCGAUGGGUGCUGGCCCGGACUUCUGGCCCAGGCGGAGGGCAGUGGGCCCAGGGACACCCCUGAGAAGCCCCAGCCGGGUGGUCACCGCCUCACGCUGGAGCUGCCUGUUGGAGGAGGCAUUGCGAAGGCAAAACCUCCCAGAGAGUUUCCUUUCUGGAAACUUGGAACCAGCCCCUUGAUGACAUUUUCCAGGGGAGGGGGUAGGGGCCCUGACACUAUUUGUGUAAUGACGUCAGCUCCUGGGAAGGGCCUGGGGCAUGGAAUGCAGGUUUGCACAGGCAGUUGGGCCGGGCUGGGGGAAGGGGCUUGCCCCCGGAAGGCCAGGGUUUGCGGGCUCAGCAAGGUCCCAGGGUGCCCGAGCCUCGGGCAGGCAGUGGCAGGGAUGAGUGGGUUCCUGUGGGCCAGGGAAGCCAUGACCACUUCCCGUUGCUGCCCUCACUCCUGGGUCCCUCGGGAAAGGGACAGAGGUUGCUGGACCAAGAAUGCUGGCUGCAGCUACCCCCGCCCUGGGGCUGACCCCUCCAGCCAGGCAGCACCUCGCCUGCUCCUUUCCGGCUGCCCCUUCUUUGUGGAGGCCUCCCAUGCCCCCUGGUGUGGCCAGGCCCCCUUUCCAAAGCUUUCUGGAGACACUGUCCCCAAACAGGCGGCCCCAGACCUUUGGCCCUUUGGCUGGCCCGUCGCGGGGCCCUGGGGCCCCCUGCCGCCCUGCCUCGGAGCUCUCUGCACUGCCCCGGGGCCUCCGGCCCACGUCCUCACACCCGGCACACUGAAUUAGAGGCCUGGCUCCUCUCUCAGUCAGGAAAUUGGUUUCAUUUUCCCUGCCGGAGCUCGGCGGCUAGCUAGGGUCAUACCAAGUAUGAAGCUUGGCCCCUCGCGGUCUGGCUUCCCUCCGCCUCCCCCCGCUUCGGCCCGCAGCUCGGCGGCCUUUUACUGAGCACCUGCUCUGUGCCAGGCACUUUACGCACGUGAUCUCACAUAAGCCUCAUGACAACCCUGAGACAGGGAUUCUCACCCCACCUCUGCCAGCGAGGACACUGAAGCCCAUGUGCUCAAGGUCACAGGCAAACAAGAGGCCGAGCCGGGGUCAGACUCCAGAGCCGGGCCUUCUGGCCACACUGCCCCUCACUGCUACUGCAGCCCGCCCACCCCCUCGGUUCCCGCGGCUGGGUCGCCGCUGAGACGCUGGCCCUGGUUACUGCCUCUAGCCUGGGGAAUAGAAGUCAGGGUGGGGACGGGGACCGGGUGGGGCGGGGGAUGGACACAGCAUCUUAAGAGGCGGCGGCAAGAGUGGGUGAGGCAGGGCGUAAACUCGCCACAGGUCCAAGAAGGCAGGCCUUGGCUAACGCUAAAACGUCGUAGGAAGGACAUUCGGCCGCCUGGGAGCGUUUGGAGGGCUUCCAGGACAGACCGGGAGAGAUGCCUAAGGGGGCAGGGAGAAGACAGCGCUGCUUGGGAAGGAAUAUCCAGGCCCAAGGCUGGGUGCACAGGGACCCCUCCAAGUGGCCAGCCCUUCUCCAGGUCCCAGGAGGUUUGCGAGCGCCAUGAGCAUCUCUAAUUGCUGGGCCCCGUCCUUGAAAGGGCCUGGUCUCAUUUCUGCUCACACUGGCCUGGCUUCUUCACCCUGCCCAGAAGGGCUGUGCCCUGCUGGGCCUGAGUGUCUCCCCGCUUCCACUGGAGGGGCUGGCACUGGCGGUCUCCGAGGCCCCCUCAGCUCUGGAGCCAGCGGCCUGCCAAGUGACAAGUGACAAGUGACAAGGCCUCUUGCUUUAAAUUCCACCAGCUUCCAGCCUCACCCUGGGCUCAGCACCCCGAGGGCGCAGGCUGUCCCCAUCCCCACCGUGGCCGGGGCCCCAGAGCAGCGGGGUGGGGGUGAGGACCCCGUUCGGGAGUUCAGUCAUCCCAGCCUGCCUCGCCCAUCUCGAGGACCCAGCCCUCGGCUCCUCGGAUCCCAGCCACCCACUUCAGCAGCGAGGGCCCAUCCUGGGGAAAGCAUCUUCUUCCCGCCCGCCCCCCUCCCUGGGAGGAGACGGAAGGAGGAACGGAGGCGGUCCGGUUUGUACAGUUAGGAACGGAUGUAAAAUGGAGCUAGCUUUUGGUUUUGAAGAGUGUAUUAACCAGAAUUGUGAUAUGUAGGUGUUCGAAGAAAAACAUACGAGAUUAGUUUUUAAAACGAAAACAGACUGCCCACCUGUCCUUUUUCUUAGCUGCGGGGUGGUCUGGAGCCCCUGACAGCAGAGUGCCUGCUUGACUGACACCCAGUAACACUAAAGAUUUUGGGGGUGGAAGGGAGGGGGAAGGAGAGGGGCAGCCCCAGGUGCCCACAGAUGGGAAGGAGGGAGGGAGGGAUGCCUGUGGUGCAAGCUAGGGCGGCUGGGGGCCGCCCCAAGGCCCCUCACGUCCCCCUGGAGCUCUGCCCCCAUGGUAGCAUGCAGGAAACGGGUACGGACUCCCUCGGAUGGGCCCCAGAUUGGAAUGAGACUGAGAAAUGUCAGGGUCUCAACACCUGAAGGAAGGCCCCUACGCCCCCGAGA